GAGAGAAAGACACACACGGGCUUACAACGUCAGCGUACACUAAAACGAGGACCGUGCAGGAUUAUUUUCACCGAUUUGGACUAUUAUGGAGUGAAACCUUGUACUGAUUUUUCUUGUUUCAUCAUCUGUAAUGGACCGUAAAUAUCCGGGCAUCGUGGAACAUAAUUUGUCUCGUUACAUUUCGUGAGGAAAAUGUCGGGCAGAACAAUGAGACGGCAAGUACUGUUGUUUUCCUUGGUCCUUCUCCUCAGCUCAGUGCUCGGCCAGGUCAGCUACUCCAUCCCUGAGGAAAUGCAGAGUGGCUCUUUAGUCGGUAAUAUUGCUCAGGAUUUGGGUUUAGAUAUAAAACGACUGAAAUCAGGUAAAGCUCGUGUGUAUACGGGAGACAGCGCUGGGUACAUCGAGCUGAAUAAAGAACGAGGAGUCCUCCUCAUCAAAGACAGGAUAGACAGAGAAGCGAUUUGCAGACAGACGACGCCUUGUGCUUUACAUUUCCAAAUAAUUUUAGAGAAUCCCAUGGAGUUCUACAGUGUUACAGUGGAGAUUACAGAUGUAAAUGACAAUCCUCCCACUUUUGAAAAAAACGAAGUCAGUUUUAAAAUCAGCGAAUCUGCCGUAAUCGGAGCAAAAUUUGUUUUAGACAGAGCUAUAGAUCUUGACGUCGGUAAAAAUGGUCUCCAAAAAUACGAUCUCAAACCUACUGAUAAUUUUGUGUUGAAACGUGAUAGUCAGGAUGAUGGAACAGAAAAAGUGGAAAUGGUUUUACAGACGCAUUUAGACAGAGAAAAGGAGGAACUGAUAUCUUUAGUUUUAACUGCUUUUGAUGGAGGAGAGCCGCAGAUAUCAGGGACUAUCCGCAUUUUCAUCACGGUGUUAGAUGCUAAUGAUAAUGCUCCAGUUUUUACACAGUCCACCUACACAGCAACCGUCUCUGAAAAUGCCCCAGAAGGGACAGUUGUCACCAGCGUUACUGCGUCAGAUGCAGAUUAUGGAACAAAUGGCAGAAUAAAAUAUUCCAUUACAAACAGUUUAGAUAAUGCCCAUGCACUGUUUCAGAUAGACGAAGACAGUGGUGAAAUUAGAUUGAUUGGAAAUAUUGAUUAUGAAAAUGCGCGAAAUUAUCAUAUUAACAUACGUGCAAGUGAUGAUGGUGGACUAACAGAUUCAUGUAAAGUCAUAGUUGAAGUGGUAGAUAUGAACGAUAACAAACCAACGAUUAAUAUUAUGUCAAAAGUGAGCAUGAUAGCUGAACACUCUAAACCAAACACCGUUGUAGCAAUGAUGAACGUUCAAGAUCCAGAUUCAAAUGAAAACGGUAAAGUAAACUGUUUUAUCAACGAUAACACUCCUUUGACUAUAAUGUCAGCAUCAAAUAAUUUCUAUAGUUUAGUGACAGAC